CGGCCUGCGGAUGGUGAGUGUGUACGGCCUGCACACGGAGGCGCCGCCCUGGGUGACGCUGACGUGGGUGCAGCGGGAGGUGAGGUUCCCAGGCGUCGUCACCCACCUCACCGUCUGCCUCCAUACGCGCCUUCUCUUCCUCUACACCGACCCCGCCAUACUGCUCAGGGUUGAUGGCACACAUUUUGCCGCUGUAUACGAGGGCAACUACGCUCUCUUCAACGCCAAGUACUUCUGGUGGACGCAGAAGGUGGCCAAGCUGCGCAAGUGGCGCCACCUGUGUUUCCUGAUGGGGGAGGAGGCGGGCGUUGGCGUCGAGGGCCGCUACCUCCCCGGCGCUCGCCAGGGCGACCAGGGACACCCUCCUCCCUUCGUCGGGUCGCGGAACCUGACACUGGGGGUCCCUGUGGGCCUGACCGACCUCACCACCAUGGGCCCCGUCGGCGCCUUCUACACCCUGCCUCGCGUCUUCUUCAGGAAGCUCUCGGAGGAAGAGAGACACUCUCCAUGGCUGACGUCUGACGAGGGGCUGGAGGUGGCGUCGCUGGUGGAGGCUGCCGCCGUCUGCUCUCCCCACCUGCCUUACAGGUACACCCUGGUGGCUGCAGACAAGCACACCUAUUUCCAGGCAGAGAGGCUCUGCGCCACCUACGGAGGGUCGCUGCCCACCUCCCUCACCGAGGAAAUGCUGGAGGCCACGAAGGAGAUAUUGAACAAACAGCCCAACAUGAUGCUCUUCGCGUGGAUCAAGUCUAGCGGCGAGAACAACAGCUGCAGAUCAGUGAGCUUGCAGCCUCAGGAGGACGAGGCCCUUGAUAUGUCCGUCUCCUGCGGACACACCGCUGACAAGCUCCUCUGCCAGGUGCCGUGGUCUUCUCACAUGGAGUUGCGUCACAACGGUGCAGCGGACGCCGACGACCUCUUCUACCUGGUGCCCCGGGGGAUAGUGCCCAGGUUCUUCUCCCCCCGGGGCCGCGAGAUGUCCUCGCCGGAGCCCAACGCCCUCGCCCUGCACGACAACGAAGGGGCGCUGCUGGCGACGGCGGCCAUGGCCACGUACCAGCCCAUGGGACGACACCUGUGGAAGACCUCGCACACCAACGUCACCAAGACCAUGGUUCUUACUGUCUGCAAGAAGGAGGAGUUUACCUGCGACGACGGCUGGUGCAUCCCCUUGUCGUCUCGGUGCAACGGCGUCAACGACUGCGGCGACGACUCGGACGAGCUGUGCGCGGUGCUGCUGCCGCUGGCGUCGUCGUACCGCCUGGACCGCUCGCCGCUGCCCCGCACCCCGCUGGCCAUCACGGCCCACCUCGUCCGCGUCCACCACGUCGACGUCGUCAACAACCACCUCACCGCUUGGCUCCAGCUCAACACACAGUGGCAGGACGGGCGGGUUCUCCUGUCGCAGCUGAGUGAGACGUCGCUAGACAACAUCCUGCCGGAGGAGACGGUGUGGACGCCACGCUACGCCCUCACCAACGCCGUCUUCCAUGACAGGGUGUCCUACGCCCAGCACCGGAACUCGUUUCUCGUCACCUUCGCCUCGAGAGUCACGCGCGGGAAGGCUGACUGCAUUGACGGAUAUGAGGGUUACGUCUACAACGGCAGCACCGACGCCAUCUUGGAACGUCAGGAGAAUUUUAUGGCGGCCUGCAUUUGUGACUUUGAUCUCACUAUCUUCCCUUUCGACGUGCACGAGUGUCAUAUUAACAUCUCCAUCAUCAACACAGGCACCUUCUACUCCACCUUUGAACCAAUGAGGAUCUGGGUUAAGUCAGCACCCGCCACCCUAACACUGUUCCAAGCCUCGGAGCUGCGCUUUGUCUACGAGUCCAACAACGGCACCAUCUCCACCAUCAGCUUCAGGGUACUGCUGAGGCGACAGUUCGGAGCCUAUCUCCUCACCACCUUUCUCCCCUGCUGGAUCCUGGGGAUCAUAGGCUUCGCUACGCUCUCCUUCAGAUCCUCAGACUUCAGUGAGCGCAUCAGCGUGACCUUGUCUUGCCUGAUUGUCAUCGCCGCCCUCUACUCCCAGAUCACCUUCACAAUCCCCCAGUCCUCUUCGCCUAAAAUUAUCGACGUCUACUUCUUCUAUUUCAUCGUUCGUCUCUUCAAGACCUUCGCUCAUCAUUCUGUUCUCUAUUUGAUUCGAAACUACCGGAAAAAGAUGCAGGAGAACAGUAGGAGUGAGAACGAAGUAACCCCCUCAGAGACCGACAAGACAGUGAGUGAAGUCGUCGAAGAGGACUCCAUGACCACUUCAUGGACGGCUGCCGAAGUACAGAAGGGGGAGAUAUACACCGUGAUGGAAAUAAAACCCUUUGCGAGCGUUCAUCCUCAGAAACCUGCGUCCACGAGCGCCUCUCCUGAGAAAAAGAACCCACCCCGCCGCUACGACAGAAUCUUCAACGUGGCGGGAAUCACCUGGGGCAUCGGCACUGACUUUAUCUUCAUCUCUUUCUUCUCCUACUGGAUCUUAAGCUCUCGACAGGAGGUCAUCAGCAGGUUUGAAGAAAGUCUAGUGUAG